AUGGCGAGCGGCGGCCUCCAGCUCCUGCUCCUGAGCUGCGCCUGCAGCCUUGCGUUCGCGGCGCGGGAUGUGAAGGUGAUUUGCUCUGAAGAGGUAGACUUACCCUGCACCGCCCCCUGGGACCCUCAUGUCUCCUACAGGAUCUCCUGGAUCAAGCUUACAGAGCAAGGCGAAGAAGUGAUUCAGGUGUCCCAAGAAGAUCAGAACACCAAUAAACAAUACUUUUACCGGAAAGAGCAAAACCACUCACUCAUAGCAAGACCAUAUUCUCUGAGCAUCCGAAACACUACCAGCUCCAACACGGGGAUGUACCUGUGUACUCUGUGGGAUCCAGAGGGGCAGAGAAACCAAAGUGGCUCUGUGACCCUCACAGUGAUAGGAUGCCGCAAGGAACACAAAGAAGACAAUUUUAAGAAAUAUAGAGCUGAGAUUUUGCUCCUGUUGGCUCUGGUUGUUUUCUACUUAACACUCAUCAUUUUCACUUGUAAAUUUGCACGACUACAGAGUAUUUUUCCAGAUGUGUCCAAACCUGUUAUGGAAGGAGCUUUCCUUCCAGUCUCCUCCUCAAACAAGCAUCUGGGGCCAGUGUUUCUUCAGAAGACAGAACUGGUGUAA